UUCCGGCCCUACCGUUGCCUGGGCGACCGCCGCGGGGCUCGUCCUCUGAUUGGCCGUCCGGCGGAAUGCCCAGGCCCAGGCCACGCCCCCCUGCGGUACGCCAUUCAGGUUGUUGUGUGCGCGCUCCAGUAAGGCGCGGGCACGGCGGCGGUGAAGACGUCUUGGCUCCACAACAAGCUCCAUUUUCUCAUUUAGCGCCUUUUCUCCUCUUUACCGCCUUCCUCUUCCUUCUCGCCUCUAUCGUCGUCGUCGUCGGGAGGCGGGUCACGUGAGUCCACCACCGCCCCGCACGCACGGAACCGAGAGCUGCGGCCGUCUCCAUGCUGGACAAGCUGAAGCCCGUAGCCCCGUCGGAGGCGGCCAUGGCGCUGGGCAAGACGGCUAGCUGGCUGCGGGAGCAGCUGGACGCGCGCCGGGACUCCCUGCUGCUGGUGGACUGCCGGCGCCAGGACGUGUUCGAGUCCUCGCACGUCCCGGGCGCCGUCAACGUGGCCAUCCCGGGGCUGCUGCUGCGCCGCCUGAAGAAGGGUAACCUGCCCGUCACGGCGCUGCUCUCCGACGGCGCCGACCGGGAGCGCUUCGUGCGCCGCUGCAGGAGCGCCACCGUCGUCCUGUACGACGAGCACAGCCGGGACUGGAACGAGAACCUGGACGGAGGCUCCGUGCUGGGGCUGCUGCUCCGCCGGAUGAAGGACGACGGCGUCAAGGCCUUCUACCUGGAGGGCGGCUUCAGUAAAUUCCAGUCGGACUUCCCCAACCUGUGCGAGACCAACCUGGAUCCUUCCAAGUGCAGCCCCCCCCCCACAGCUCAGGUGUUGGGCCUGGGCGGCCUCCGGAUCAGCUCGGACUCGUCGGACAUCGAGUCCGACGCGGACCCGAGCAGCGCCACCGACUCGGACGGCAGCCCGCUGUCCAACCCGCAGCCGUCCUUCCCUGUGGAGAUCCUGCCCCAUCUCUACCUGGGCUGCGCCAAGGUCUCCACCAACCUGGACGUGCUGGAGGAGUACGGCAUCAAGUACAUCCUCAACGUCACGCCCAACCUGCCCAACCUCUUCGAGAACGCCGGCCGGUUCAAGUACAAGCAGAUCCCCAUCUCUGACCACUGGAGCCAGAACCUGUCCCAGUUCUUCCCCGAGGCCAUCAGCUUCAUCGAUGAAGCGCGGGGGCAGAAGUGCGGCGUGCUGGUGCACUGCCUGGCGGGCAUCAGCCGCUCGGUGACGGUGACGGUGGCGUACUUGAUGCAGAAGCUGCAGCUGUCCAUGAACGAGGCCUACGACAUCGUCAAGACCAAGAAGUCCAACAUCUCGCCCAACUUCAACUUCAUGGGUCAGCUGCUGGACUUUGAGCGCACGCUGGGCCUCAAGAGUCCCUGCGACAACCGCCUGGCCCCGCCCCUCUACUUCACCACGCCCACCAACCACAACGUCUUCCAGCUGGACCCCCUGGAGUCCACGUGAGGACCGCCCAGGUUCCUGCAGCGCUGCCAGGGGCUUCUCCUGUUUUCUGCCCGGGCCACUUGGAGACACCCGGGGGCUGAUGGACGGACCACCACGUCUUCUCAAAGGAGGACUGUGUCUGUGUGAAAGGAGAACAAAGUGCACUGUACUUUUAUGAAACGAGAACAAGGUGGACUGCAUCUGUGUGAAAGGAAAACAAGGUGCACUGUAUCUGUGUGAAAGGCGAACAAGGUGGACUGUAUUUGUGUGAAAGGAGAUCAAGGUGGACUGUAUUUGUGUGAAAGGAGAACGAUGUGGACUGUAUUUGUGUGAAAGGAGAACGAUGUGGACUGUAUUUGUGUGAAAGGAGAACAAGGUGGACUUUAUUUGUGUGAAAGGAGAACAUGGUGGACUGUAUCUGUGUGAAAGGAGAACAAAAUGGACAGCUGGUGUGCCAUAGGUUGUUCCAACUGGACUUUAGCUUCUGGACUAGAAGGUCUCAGGACACGUGGACUGGUCUUCUGUGAAGACUUGCACGUGUUGGACAAAGUGGUUGAGGGUCCUUUCACACAACAAGACGUGCACACAGUUGAGCCAUGCUGGACGUUUCCAUGACGAUGCCAACAGGAUGGUAGUGAUGUCGUCUUUCUUCACAAACGGUCCCAUGGCCAGUCGGCCUUAUUUACCGCCUCCAGGGGGCGUCGACCACGCGUCAUGUGACCUCCCCGCCUCGGACUGCUGGUGGCGAUGGUUUAAAUCCUGGAGGCAAACAGGUGGGACGCUUCUUCAGGGAAAAUGUGUGUGAGAGACUACAAGAACGUGGACACUACCAUGGCCACGCCCCCUCCCUAAGCUCCGCCUAUGAAUGUAAAGAACAUAACUUAUUAUUAAUAAAUGCAUAUUUUGUCUACA